UGGCAGGAGUGACCAGAAUAAAAACAGCAACACCAGACACAGGAGAGAGAGAGAAAAAAAGCGCAAUGAUCCAUCGAAACGCAGGCUUUGCCCUUUCUUAAUUACGUUGCAUCCAGUGUCUUUGCAUUCCCCCCCACGCCUCCCUUCCUUUUUCCCCCCUUUUCCGAGACAUUUGUGAAGUGGUAAUUAGCUCUAGGAGAAUAAAACCAGCUGAUUUGGACCGGGCUGGUGCAUUUUGGGGCGAGAUGGCUAACAGGAUGGUUGUGCUGCUGCUUCUCGGCUCGCUGCUUCUCACCCUGCUGCAGCCUUCCCUACAGGGAGGGGUUUAUGUGCCUGCUGGUACAGGAGUUGGAAUUGCAGGUGGAGGUGUGCAGCCUGGUACUGGCAUUUUCCCAGGAGGUGCUGGGGUCCCUUACAAACCGGCAAAAGCUGGAGCAGGUGGAUACGGAGCUGGUGCAGGAGCCCUUGGCGCUGGUGGACUUGGUGCUGGUGGACUUGGUGCUGGUGGACUUGGUGCUGGUGGACUUGGUGCUGGUGGACUUGGUGCUGGUGGACUUGGUACUGGGUUAGGGGCAGGAGGUCUUGGUGCAGGAGCUGGGGGAAAGCCACCUAAACCAGGUUAUGGAAACUUAGGAGCAGGUGGCCUGGGCGCUGGAGGAUACAGACCUGGAGCUGGUUAUGGUCGAUACGGUGGUGGACUUGUUCCUGGAGCAGGAGUUGGAGGACUGAAACCCGGGAAAACAGGUGCCGGAGGCUUCAAGCCUGGAAAAGGAGUGCCAGGUGCUGGAGGGACGGUACUAGGUCCUGGUGCGGGGGGCACUGUACCUGGCAGUGGGCCUGCACUCCCUGCUGGAGCUCCAGUCAUUCCUCAGAUCGGUCUCCCAGGUGUGGGUCCUGGUGGGAAAGCUGCAAAACCAGGAAAGGCUCCAGUGCCAGGAGUAGGAGUGCCUGGAGCUUUUCAAGGUGGACAUGUGCCUGGUCAAGGGUUUAAUGGCCUAGGUGUUCUUCCAGGUGUAGCAACAGGAACAGGACUUAAACCAAAGCCAGGUGCUGGUGGAGUUCCAGGACUGCUGCAACCAGGCGUCUUUCACGGAUACCCUCUCAAAUCUCCAAAAAACCCAGGUGGAUCCCCUUAUGCUGGUGGCAGAGUUCCAUAUGGUUAUGGUGGCUUUGGUACAGGGUCAGGAUUACCUGGUGGCAAAGGAGGAGCUGGCUCAAAGCCAGGCUACCCCACUGGCACUGGUGUGGGGAACUUGGGGGUCUCAGCUGCACAGGCAAAAGCUGCUAAGUACGGCCUCGGAGCCGGGUUAGGAGGGGCUGGAGGUGUUCCUGGAGCUGGGUUAGGUGGGGCUGGAGGUGUUCCUGGAGCUGGCUUAGGAGGGGCCGGAGGUGUACCAGGAGCUGGUGGAUUUUACCCAGGUGUUGGAGGUGUAGGUGGUCUUUCCCCAGCUCAAGCCAAGGCUGCUAAAUAUGGUGCUGGUGCUGGGUUAGGUGGAGCUGGAACUGGUGCUGGUUUUGGUGGAGCUGGAACUGGUGCUGGUUUUGGUGGAGCUGGAACUGGUGCUGGUUUUGGUGGAGCUGGAACUGGUGCUGGUUUUGGUGGAGCUGGGAUUGGUGCUGGUUUAGGUGGAGUGGGAACUGGAGCAGUUUACCCUGGAACAGGAGUAGGUGCAGGAGGACUCACGCCUGCUCAGGCUAAAGCGGCUAAAUAUGGUGCUGGACUUGGUUUAUUUUUGGGAGGUGCAGGUGGAGUCCCAGGUGGAGUCCCAGGUAGAGUCCCAGGAGCUGGUGUUUACCCUGGUGUAGGAGGUACAGGAGUAGGCUUUGUACCCGGAACUGGAGGAUUCUUUCCUGGAGCAGGAGGUCUUACACCCGCGCAGGCCAAAGCGUCUAAAUAUGGAGCUGGUUUAGCUGGAGCUGGAACUGGCUUGGGUGGUAGUGGUGGUGUACCAGGUGCUGGAGGAGUUUUCCCUGGAGCAGGGGGUCUCACACCUGCUCAGGCCAAAGCUGCUAAAUACGCAGCUGCUGCUGCUGCUGGUGGUGGUGGAGCUGGAGGUGGAGCUGGAGGUCUACCAGGAUCUGUUUAUCCUGGAACAGGAGUUCUCUCACCUGCUCAAGCCAAAGCAGCAGCUAAAUAUGGUGCUGGUGGUACUAGAAUUGGUGGUUUCGGAGGAGUACCAGGAUUAGGAGGCCAAGGAGCAGGAUACGCUGCAGCAAAAGCUGCAAAAUAUGGUGUACCAGGUGGUGUACCAGGUGGUGUACCAGGUGGUGUUCCAGGUGGUGUUCCAGGUGGUGUACCGGGUGGCGUACCGGGUGGCGUACCGGGUGGCGUACCGGGUGGCGUACCGGGUGGCGUACCGGGUGGUGUACCAGGAGGAUAUCCUGCUGGUGUUAAGCCACCGAAAUAUGGUUCAGGUGUUCUUGGUUAUGGUCCUGGUGGAUUGACGAUACCUGGAGGAGGAGCUGGUACAGUGCAAGGAGUCGUUGGAGGCACAGGAGGAAUCCCAGGAACAGCCACAGGAGCUGGAGUAUAUCCUGGUGGAGUUAAACCACCCAAAUAUGGAGUCGGAGGAGGUACCGGGACUGUACCAGGAGCAGGCGGAGUACCGUUGCCUGGAACAGGGACUGGAUUUGGAACUGGAGUAUAUCCUGGUGGAGUUAAGCCUCCUAAAUAUGGUCAAGGAACUGUAAUAGGAACAGGAGUGGCACCAUUGCCUGGGACUGGGACUGGAGGAGUACCUUUACCUGAAGCUGGAGGAUAUCCCGGUGGAGUCAAACCUCCUAAACCUGGUGUACCAAGUACAGGCAUUACUGGAACAGAUGUUGCAGGACCUGGAGUGGGUGUUUUGCCAGAUGGAGCUGGACUAGUUGUUCCAGGUGGCACUGGAUUACCAGUGAAACCAGCAAAGGGCCCAACUCUGCCCCCUGGUGGAACUGUUGGUCCAGGACCGACGGCUAGUGUUGAAACUGGCAAACCUCCUAAACCCAGUACAGGAGAAAUACCUCAAGAUGGUGCAGGUAUACAGACCCCCACUGGCACUGGAGUGAAGCCUGGUGGUGCAAUUCUUAAACCUCCAAAGACUGCUGGUGCAGGUCCAAUACCGUACGGUGGAUAUGGUCCUUAUCGAGGUGUUGCUCCAGGAGGAUUUGGAGUUCUCCCAGGAGCCAAGCCAAUUACAGCGCCAGGUGUUAAUUAUCCUUCUGGUGUCGGCCUUGGACCAGGUGGAGCUGGUGGGAAACCAUUCAAACCAGGCUACGGCUCAUUGGGCACUGGAUAUCAGCAAGGCGCAGUUGCUCCAGGAACCUAUGGAGGAUAUCCACAGGCUUAUCCAGGAGGAUAUGGGCCCGGGUUGUCACCUCAACAAGCUAAAGCUGCCAAAUAUGGAACACUUCAAGGAUUCCUGGGUGGAGGCUACAGAGGUGGCGCAGGGUGCCAAGGCAAAUACUGCGGCAGGAGGAGAAAAUAAAACAUUCUCUUGGGACGUAAAAUGACCUCAAGAAACAAUGGUGCUACUGCAUGAUCCAGAAUGUACAUUUGAUAUGCAAAAAACAAUCCUAUCAUGUACAAAAUUUGUUUUAUACCUACAGGAUAUGUUUUUUUUUUCUCAAGAGAAGCUGAGGAAAAAAGAAUGAACAUUCCAGUUGUUCAUGUGGCACAUUCCAACAUGUUGCUGAUGUCUCUUUUUGUAGAUAUGGACACCAAGUCUACAAACCAAUACCCAGUUUCAGGUUCAUUAUUUGUCAUUUGUAGACAUUAAGGCAGUUAUUUCUUUUUUCUCUUAAGAUUUUGAAAGACAAAAGCCAUGAUAUUUCCCUUGAUGGUGCCAGCAAUGGUUGAAAGCCCUUUAACAGAAUUGGUUUAUAAUGUUUGCAUUAGAUACCUAAAGUCUAUUACAAACAGGAGUUUGUUCAUAUUUAUAGGUGAUGGAAUUUUGUGCCUAAAUAAUAAAAAAAUGGUUGUGCUGCAUUUUUAUGUCUGUGCUACAACCAAACAUUCAAACAAAAUGUCAGUGGUAUUUUUUGUAAGCCUUUCCAAAAAUAUAUUGGAUAUUUGUCUCUAUUGGCUUCUGGGUUGUGAGUUUAUUUCAAUCAUAAUUCCAACAAAUGGUCAUGAAGAAACCUACAGAAUGUGACUCUGGGUGCACGUACCCUGGUAUUUCAUCUACACUGUUUAGAGUUAAUCCUGAUCUAAAAACAGGUCUAAAUCCUGAAUCAAUUCUGGAUAUAAAAUCAUCAGUGAUUGAAUCAUGGUGGAGAUGAUUGAGGCUGUAUUGUGCAUAUUUUAGCUCAUCUAUGAAACAGUUCUGAAAAAGACCUAGUGCUAUCUGAAAAGCGUUGAAAAGCCUUGUCUGGUAUCUGAUAAGAUCCGAUGUUUCGUCUUAUCCAUUUUUUUGCUCAUUGUGUUAUAUAUGAGGCGCUGACCUGCUAAGAUUCUGUCGCUAAGGAUGCAAGCGUGAAAGUUCAAGAAUUUACAAAAAGAGAAAUAAUCGUGCUGAUUUUACAAUCGACUAAUUUUGAACCUGAAAUGACAUUUUGAACAUUCCUUAAUUAAACAUGCAGGAAUUGGUGCUUCAUGACGAUCUACAGACGCUUAUCCCCUUUAUAUUCAAAGAAUGUGCUCUUAUAUAUCAUAUACAUACAGUAUGAAGGCUCAUGUAACUGCAGGUUAAUUUGCUUUGUUGUUGUUUCAUUUGCACCAUGUGAACUUGACCUUGACCUUGACAUUAUUACCGAGUUUGUACACAUGAUACCAAAAUAUUGUUUUCUGUUUUGUUUUGCUUUCAAUAGCUUAUGCAUUUUAGUCACUGUGGAAAUCUGUAAUACUGUAUGAGAUUUUUUUAAAGAUGUGAGCUGCGUGCCUGCAAGUUAAAGUGUGUGUGUUUGUGUAAUUGUGUGUGUGUGUGUGUCUGUUGUAUGUGUGUCUGUGAUAAUCCCUGGUGUGUGUUGAUAUGUCUGUAUUUUGUUUUAAUUGACUAAGCUUCUCUUAAUAAGCGUCACUAGCCAGUGUAUUACCCAUCUAAUAUUAAAUUAGUUCUUCUUAUUGAUUAAUAUUUCAUGUCAUUAGGAACAUGUACUGUUUCAAGUUCAUCCGAAAUGUGUUUUUCUUACCUGGUGCUGUAUUUGACCUGUAUGUGGUCAUAUAUGUCUAAUGUGCCGUGGCGUUUCCGUCUAAUUGAAAAAAAGAGAUGGGGCUAUUGCACUUUUUCCCCACGGCGCACAUAUGACUUGUUCCAGGAAAUCUGGGCCUUUUUACUGCUUUAGUGAAAAUGAAAUAAACCGUUCUGAAACGAAAAA